AUGCGGGUCGGGCGGCUGGUGUGCGCGCUUACAGCCGCUGCUUCGUUCCUUCUGUUGCUGCUGUUUCUACAGGCGCGCUCCCUCAGAGAAGGUCAGUUGGCAGCUGGCACAUGUGAAAUAAUCACACUAGAUCGAGACAGGAGUCAGCCAAGGAGGACCAUUGCUCGGCAGACAGCCAGGUGUGCCUGCAGAAAAGGCCAGAUUGCUGGCACAACCAGAGCCAGCCCGGCAUGUGUAGACGCCCAUAUUGUAAGAAGCAGACAGUGGUGUGAGAUGAUGCCUUGCUUAGAUGAUGAAGGCUGUGACUUAUUGGUAAAUAGAUCAGGCUGGACGUGUGCACAGCCUGGAGGCAGAGUUAAAAUGACCACAGUAUCCUGACAUCUGCUCAGGCCUCUGAGAGGGACUGCUGGAU